AACAUUUUAACCGGAUGUCUUUUUAAAAUAUUUUUUCUAGUUGAAGUUGAAGAUAAUCUUUAUGGGGAGCAGACACGUAACGUGCUCGAGCCUUUUUCUUUAAUGUAAAUAAUUGUCGUUGGUCAUUUGUGUUAAUCAAAGAACUUGCAACAUGUUUGUCAAAACGCUUUUAUUUUGAAAAUUCAUACGGAAAUGGCUAAAUAUUUACUCUCGCAGACUUUAUGCACUUUUUGAAGUUAAGUAUGGGUACGUGGUAGGUAACCAACGGGUUUUUUUCUCAUAACGUUUGUUAGCUGUGGACUUUAAAAAGCAAAUAGGUAUUGAACAGACACGCCGGACACACACUACGCUUCCUUGCACUACGGGAUGAAGAAAGCCGGAGGACCAAGCAGCUGCUCGGUUAUAAACUUCAGGUCAGCGGUGAACCUGGGCUCCGUCCGCCGCAGCUCCGCUGUGCUGCCGUCGGUGCUAACGUUCCUGGUGAUCAUCGCAUCCGGAGGCCUGCUGCUCAUGAUAGAGAAAGGAAUGCUGAACAGCAUGGAGACGCCUUCACCUCGGGGUAGUGUCAAGCGCCUGGACUUCUUCAGACAGGUUGGGAAGCAGAGCCCUGAUGCUGUGGAAGUGGACUCUCAGAUCCUCCAGGAGAUCCGUAACCGGACCAUCAGGACCGUGUGCAGCCAGAAGAACAUGCCGCACGGCAUUGGGUCCCUGAGCCCCCUGCAGAGGAAGACGCUGCUGCAGCACAUCCUGGUGAACGAUCAGCACCACUUCCUCUACUGCUACGUCCCCAAGGUGGCCUGCUCCAACUGGAAGAGGGUCCUGAAGGUUCUGAACGGAGCUCUGGAAAGCGUGCACGUCAAAAUUAAGAUGGACCACCAAAGCGACCUGUUGUUUUUGUCCUCUCUUAAACCCGAGGAGAUCAACUAUCGCCUCAAGCACUACUUCAAGUUCAUGUUUGUGCGGGAGCCCAUGGAGCGCCUGCUGUCCGCAUACAGGAACAAGUUUGGAGAGAUCGAGUCCUACCAGAAAAAGUACGGUGUGGAGAUCGUAAAACGGUACAGAAAGAGUCGUGCCAAGGACGCAUCUGUCACAGGAGAUGAUGUGACAUUUGCAGAGUUUGUCCGUUACCUGCUGGAUGAGGAUGCAGAGCGCAUGAAUGAGCACUGGAUGCCGGUGUACAAUUUAUGUCAACCCUGUGCCGUGUCCUAUGACUUCAUCGGCUCCUAUGAGCACCUUGAAAGGGAUUCUGAGUUUGUACUCCAGCGCAUUGGAGCGCCUCCUCAUGUUCGCUUCCCAGAGAGGCAAACGUGGUACAAGCCGGUCACCACGGAGACGUUACACUAUUAUCUGUGCACCUUACCACAGAAGCUACUGAGGGAACUCCUGCCCAAGUACAUUUUAGACUUUUCCCUCUACGCUUAUCCCCUCCCCAACACAACCACUGAACACUGCCGCCAUUAAAUCUGCAAUGGUUUAUAGUUUUGAGAUAAUUUUUUUAUAGAGAUUACAUUUUUUUUUUAAUCCCUUGGGAAGAAAACAGUAUUUUCAAAAAUGUUACACAUUUUUACUUGAGCUGUUCCGAUUAUAAAUCGCAAAAUGGCGAUUAUUGGAAGAGAUGGAGACUUAACUUCAAAACCACUAAAUAAUGAAAUCACUUGAAGACAAAGAAGAAAUAUAUAAAUGAAUUCCUUCGUCUAAUUUCAACAUGUUCCUGUCAUGCACUGUUACAGUAAAUGAACCAAUUCAGUAUACAUUGAUGUAAAUAAGGUUGCAAGACCAAACUUUGUAUGUUGCUUGUGUCUUCAUCCACACAUAGGAUAAGGUAAAGGGUUAAUAGCUUACAUGGGCACUCAGUGGUUUAGCAGGCUAAAACACAAACCAUGUACUCAAGUUUGUGGGUUUUAAAUCCAGCUUUGUGUCUUUCUGUUCUACGACGCAGCCUCUCAUGCCGAAGCCAUAACUUUGGACUGUUUAUCCUGUAAUAAAACAGUCAAGGUCAAGUUCUGUGACGUACAUCA